CUUUCACUUCUCCACCCACAGCAUGAGAUAACCGACACUCGCUGCAAUACCGGAGGUGUCUACUUUCCGCGAUCUAAGACGUUGCCCAUCGUCUCUGAAGCGCUCAAAGAUACCAAAUAAGUUAUAUCAUCACAGACGUCUGCCCAACGGACGUGUCGUGUAAAGCUGCCGCAAUGAUGGUCCUACACGCUGGAGUCAUAUCUCAAAGCACUAUCUCCAGCCUUUGCCGUAGGUUGCAUGAUACUCAAGAUUAAAUCUCGCCCCAGUGCUGUCAGUGCUGUCAGAUCUAAGGACCCGGUACAUGCCUGCGCAGGAAGAACACCUUCAAGAGCUAUGGGUCGGUACAGCCUUCAAGGCAGCGCAGCCUGUUAGACACCCUGCUGGCGGGCAAGAUGAAAGCAAACGCGGGGCUGACCAAUCACUCCACCAUACGGUCACGACAUCUGCCAAGAGUUCACGAUGCACGGUGUGGAGUCGUCUUCACUGCGUUUGUUAUUGCCUAGCGCCAAGCACAACGUCACAUAUGUGCUCACAACUUUCAUCGAUGUUGAUAUUGCCGCUACGCACACCGCGGAUAUCCUCUACACCGCUAGUAUGGAGCGUCGAUCGACUAUCUCAGGUAUUGGCAUGGCACUCAAGCAGCAGCGUGACACUCUCAGUAGCGUGGACGCUGAAGGCGUGAGGCCUCUGUCAGCUCGCGGUACUCAUGACCGCCUUCUGCCAGACGCACCUAUAUCUGCGUGGCUGAGUCUUGGAGUCGAUGACGCUCCUAACAAGACCUCAGCAACCGACAUCGACGAUCUUGAAGGCCACAAGCCUUCCAUGGCUAGCCCUACCAAGGACAGCGUCUUCAAGGACUUCUGCAGAGGCCAGCCUCCAAGGCGCUCUUUUCUCGCCAGCGGUAUGCCUCCCCGUCUCCCUGUGUCCAGGCGUUCCACACUCGCAGACAAGCCGGAGUUGGACACCCUGCUUAAGGUCUUCACAAUCCAGUUCAAGAAUGAAGACUUCCUUCCCAUCAACGAAAAUACAGUGCAUCUCCUGAACCAGUACAUGAACGGAUCGAAGCCGCUGGCCCACACCUGCCGCUUCAAGAGGCUGCUCUUCAACAGCAAGACCAAUGAAGUGCGCGUGGGUCUUUUCGUAAAGGUCCUCGAGAACAUCGGAAUGUACUGCGAGCACUUGGCCAUUGUCGCGCCCUUCCACCCCAUCGAGUUCGGCAACACUAUUGAGAGCGACAUCGGUAACUCUGAGCCUGGUAGUGACUGGGAAAAGAUUCUUGACUGCCUCCACAAGCUCCGUUCCCUGACUUUCGAACAUCCAGACACCGAGCCCACGCAUCUUACGCGUGACACCUUCUACACUCUCACUUGCGCACUCGCUACCAACAAGAUCCUCCAAAAAUCCCUGAGUAUUUGCCUUGACGUUCCGCCCAAGGUCUUCUUCAACUACCACAAGGACCACCAUAGCAGCCUCGGCUCUACGCCGCUCUGCUUGGUCGGCGCUGACAUGGUAUACGCCGACGGUCCAGAAGGCUUCGGCUCGCUGGACAAUGACCCUGUCUUCGGCAAGGCGGAGGACAUCUCCAGCACCAGUGGCAGCUACAGGUAAAUCACCCGCGCUGAACCUUGCGAUAUGAGAGGGAAUACAGCAUAGCAUUAUGACGGAGACAAUUACGGCUUUAGGAUCGAUAUCCAUGGCUACACAAACGGCAUGCAUUGCAUCAUGGCCAGGAAAGGCCUCAAAAGUGCUUAACAUACGUCUUUAUAGCAUGACUGGUUGAAAUAUCAUCAUCACAGCGUCUACCGCGAGUUGAUCAACGCAGCCGACGCUCUAUCGAGCAAUUUAUGAACUCUAC